AUGCAGUGUUACCGGAUGUUGGCGAUAAAAUCUGUAAAAACUUCCAAACUUUAGUGAAACUAUUUCAAAAUUCACCAUGUAGUAGAACGGAAAUUCAUCGGCCGGAGAGAAGAACAUUGGCAACUUUAUAAUAAUGACGACAGCGUUUCAACAAGCGCUCUAUAAAGAGCAUCAAGGGGUAAAUUACUUGUCGAAGAAUUUUGAGUCGCAUUUUCUACAUACCCCGCAGUAUUAUGAAAGGAUUACUGUUUCCCAAGACCAGUAAGUAAUAAUAUUGUAUGUGAUUUAAUUUGAAGUCAAAUCAGGUCGUUUUUUCUUGCUUUGUAUUUGCCUUAAAGUUAGCUGAUUUGAGGUUUUACGAGGCGCCGGGAGUCGCUCUUGAGUGAAAUAGACCAUGCACCACUGUUGCUAACACGUUGCUAAGUGGUCCAUUGUGUUGAUUUGAGAACGUGUUAUUCUUCGGGGAAAGGCUUAGCAUACUCAUUACUGUAACUUUCGCUACCGUAUAGUGUAAUGUUCAGGUUUUGCAAUGCUUUUUAGUGGUAUGAAUGUAUAACUUUAAUGCCUGAAGUCUGAAAGCCUAUACAGUGUAACACAGGUCAAUGUCACUUCUUAAAUAGAUAGCUUCAAUUCCGUUUAUAUCAAAUCAAUUUAAAUUUCUUCCUUUUUGGUUGGAUAAUUUUUAUUUUUAACUCGCAAAGUUUUAAUUUGGUCGUAAGUAAUUUUUCAUAGCAAAACCAGUAUAAUUUAACUGUCUUAGUUUAAAUAUUCGCUCUUACGGAUAAGCCAACUAUUCGAUAGCUUUAAACUUUCCGUGAUGUCGUUUGGUUUGUGUAUCUCUUGUCCUGAUGUAAAAUUCAUCGCCUCAUCCUUUUUCUCUUAUUUUCUUCCACAAACUUCAGUAAUUUUUUCAGUUUUACCCCAGAGUUUUGCCAGGAUAGUAACUCAAGUGAGGAUCAAUCAUAGCUAGGUGUCUGAAGUUCUUUUAUUUAACAUGAAGCAGGUGAUUCAAUUGACUUGGCGACACCUUUGAAAGCUCCCUGUGCAGCUAUUUAAGACUGAGAGGUGCGGGGCUCCUUUUUCUAAACAGAGCAUCGGAUUAUUGUGAAUAACAUCAGUCAAGCAAUUUGGACAAGUAACCAGAAAAGUAAACGGUGUUUUGCAGGAUCUGCUUUCUUUUUACAAGACAUCCUCUCGACUGUUGCCCAUGUACAUGUUUUAUAAUUUAUUAACCAUAACUUAACAACACAAUUGCUUCGAUUUGUUGAUUGUAGCAGAAGCUGCAUGUUUUUCAGUUUCACUGCUGUUCUUUGAUAUUGUUUUUUGGGGUAAGACAAUUCCUACUUACUCUAUGGCACUUUAUGUUUGCGAUUUUCAUUCGUGAUCCGAAGAAAAAACGUUUUGGAAAAAAAUCUGCCAUAAAAAUGGUUCCUCGGUCGAAAUUUUGCAGUUUACUUCACAUUAAGUUUUGACGAAGCUGAUUGUUAGACAGAAAGCGAAUCUGAAGAUAAGAGGGAAGAUAGGCGUGAAUCAAACCCCGGGAAGAUGGUUCAGAACAUUGUGAAUCAUGGACCAAAUAUUAAAAAAAAACAACUACAGUGUUCAAGUUAGGGAACGCAGCAACGACGACGACAGUACGGAAACGUCAAUUAAAAAGUGAAUUCGCGCUGCGUCAAACUUUAUCGCGCUUAUUCCAUCUCGGUCAAUUCUUCAAAUGUUGGCAAUUAUUUCGGAAGUUGAGUUCUAAAAGUACUGUCUCAGAGUUCAAGAAAAGAAAAAGAAAGUCGUUGUCCAGUUGUGUUCAAGUCCUCCACAAAACGUGAAUUUGCGCAUUUUCACGUCGUAGUCGUGUAGUGACGGCAAAGAAAUGUACAAAAAAGCGUGAUGCACGUGUAAAGUUGUUAUUUUGCCAAUUUAAACCCAUUGCUUUUUUGCAGCUCUCGUUGACGUCGCCAUCGUCGUUGCCUAAGCUCCCUAUUAACAUAUCUAAGGACAACCACGGUACUCCAUAUUGGUAUAUUGUUUCGCCUGCAUUUAUCUGAAACAAACCUUCUGGAACGGGAGAAUUUUGAAUGCAAUUGCUUAGAAUAGCAAGGAGAAAACCAGACGGGAUCAAUAUCGAGAAAAUUACUUCCGUCAAAAAAAGAAAAAAAUCCGCCAUAAACUCCGUGAUAAACGUGGCGCCAGCUCGUAAAGGCGCUCAGAGAGAGCAAAUCAAACGCAUUCAUUUGUUUGAGAGGGCAGAGGAAAGCAUUGUGGGCCGAAAUGCUUAAAACAUAAUUAGCUUCUAUUUUGAGGUAAAGUAAAGGAGGGAUAGCUAUUGUCAUGGCAACGAAACCUGAUAAUCGUCGUAAACGCCAAACAACUCGGCCGAGGAGCCCGUUUCUCGAGAACGCACUUCUCACAAGGGUGAAUUUUUCUGCAUUGUAUCUCUUAUCUCGUAUUUGUUUCUUUUGUUUCCUCGUGCAGUUUUGAUCGCUAUCUCUCUCGGACUAGCCGACCGUCAAAAGUUCCUUGGGGUCGCAGUUUAAGCUAUGGAGGCUUUGGUCCUAUUCAGCUUCCAAAGGAAUUUCGACCCAAGCAGGAGCCCCCCACCAGGGUACAGAAGGGACACAGACACUACGGAGGAGGGGACAUGCCAUUUCCGCGGUGAGAAGCCAGGAUAUUAUAUGUAGCCUGCACUGAAGCAAGCUCUCCAUUUGGGAGAUUUAGUGAAAAAUAAACGCGCGAGAGAAACGUCAUUAUUCAGCCAAUGGUAUUUUCCUUCGUCUGGGCGAAGUACAAAUAAUAAAUUAUAAGAGCCUGUUGCGGCAUCACCGCCUGCUCUCGUGUUUUCGCACGGUUCGCUUCGCACGCCCAAAUAGAAGAGCUUUCUCGCAGGCUAGAUAUUAUGCAAAUCUGUUUAUUACUGUAAAAAAAAUAAAACAUCCCAAGAUCUUAAUGUCAAAAAGCUGAUGCUUUAUUAAUUGGCUUUUGCUUGAUAUAUUUUGAACUGCUAAGAUUUUUCUUAAUCUCACCUCCAGACCCCUUAUCACUUUUGUAUUUUAAAAUAGUUUUGUCAUAAUCUUUAACGGUCACUUGUGGAAAUAAACAUGAUGCAGGUGACUAGCAUACGAAACGUUAAGUUAAUAUGAAAAAUGCCCCAGUUCACUAUGUUUACCACCGCUGUUUGUGUUUAAUUUUUGAUUAAGCUAUUAUGGCCCGGUAAAAAAGUAAUUCUAAUUUUAAUGUGCGGUAUUGCGGCAUCAUGUAGCCCUGCGGUAUGCGGUUUUUCUCACUUUUGGCUGAUGGUAUUCGGUAAGUGACGAUCCUUCACGGUAUUACGGUACCGUUCAUUGUCUUCAUUUGCGCUCUCCUGUCUAACACAGGUCAAGGACAAACACAGUAAGUGUAGUAAAUGAUAACACAAUUUCUGGCAGUUAAUCUACAGUGUGAUUAGUGUUUCAUCCAUUUGCCGGGCUUUUCGAUCUUUGCACUGGUCAUUGAAGGUCUUCUCACAUUUUCUCGCAAUGGCUGAGGUUGUUCAAGAUGUUGGCGAAAGAUGCAACAUUAAGUAGGUGUGACCGAUCAUAAAUGCGGUAUCGGUAUUUCAUCCUUUUUUGACUCGGUGUUUCAGUAUUUGCCAAUUUUUCUUACGUUAUUGCAGAAAAUAUAUUGGCUAACCCCCAAAUACCUCCCCUCCCCACCCCCUUCUAUCACUUACUGCCCAAGGAGACUACUACUACUUACUACUACUAACAAACAACAGAAUUACUUACUAGAAUUUAAGCCAUGGCCAGGAGAAGGGUGUAUGCAUCUCGGAUCCUUGGGAAAAGGCUAGGGAGGGGUGGGGAUGAUUAGAGAAAAACUCAUUUGUGGAAGGAUUUGAGAGUCAGCCAAAGGAGUUCAAGAAAGUUUGGAGAGAGCACAUCCUGCUCCACCUGCAAUGUAGAAAACAGAAUGAGUGCCAGACACUAAAAUAUUAAAUAUGAAGUAUUUUGAACUAAGCUAUAUAUAGAUAAAUUUGUCAUUGACUCGGAGAAGACGGCGUGUUGAGGGUUAAAUAUCAAUGAGAACAGUGCAAACACUCUGUCCUUUAACCCGUGCAUACAGCUGUUUCAAUCAACGUUGUCGGAUUUAUAUAGGCUGCAAGCUACGCGACAAUGUUGGUAGCUGUUUACAUUGUAGCCGUUUAUUUAAGACGGAAUCCACUGUCACUGUCAAAUUUCACAGGAUUAUUUCUUACACAUGAAAUCUUCAGAAUUUUAUCUGUGUACUCACUAUUCUUGUGAAAUUUGACAUUCAUUUUCUCGGACUUCCAUGAGAAAUUUUCUUUGGUGUUACUACAGAUGAUUUAUUACAUCUUAAGCCCUUGAAAAAUGUAAAAAAGAAUGCAAUAUUUUUAAAAUUAUUCCGGUACAAGGUUUUUGUCCACUGAAAAUUUCCUGGUGGAUUCCCGUGUAAAAAUUUCGUUACAAUUUCGUGGUUAUAGAAUGGUAUAAAAGGUCACAAACGUUUACCUUUGCCAGUGGAAUUUCAUGACAAUAGAACUUUGCUUCAUGGCUGAGUUUGGUAAUUUUCUUCAAUAUAAAGUUACCCCUGUUGCUUCAUCACGCUGUCGUCGCGUAGGCUUUCCGCGAUCCGACAAAGUUAAAUGAAAUAUCUGUAUGCACUGUAUAUUGCGCAUGUGUUAAAAGUAGAAAGCAGAGGCCAAUAACUGAUUCUGUCCUCGCAUACGGAAGCCUUUUAUCUGUUCCUGCGGAAACGGGAUAUUUUGUUUCACAAAAACAGCCAUGGUUUUUAACGUCUUUGACACGAUCCUUGCGCGAUCAUAAACGCCAUGAGAACCUCAGUCACUUAAAAACAGCAUGUUUUAGUAUAUCUGAACAAUCGCCUGCGCUUUGCCUUCGGGAAAUCUGGCUCACGAGAUCGAGAACGCGAACGGCUCUCCUCUCUUUCUUGUACAGAGCCAAGAGCUUAUUCUCUCUCUCGGCCGCGCCCGAUCUCCCGCCUUUGCCUCUUCGCUUUUCUGACCCACACGAUAUGUCCUUGUCAAUGGCGAAACGAAAAAAAAAGAACACUCCUCAUUGGUAGUUGGUGUUUUAUGUUCAUAUUUCCGUGUGCUUUCUUAAAAAUAUGGCUAUUUUCCGAUAUGUCUAAUAUCGCUGUAACUAAGGAAUUGCUUCGUAUACUGUUUUUAUACGUAUCACUGAAUGCGGCUUUCAAUUCGUAACGUAACACUUCUGUAGUAUUUGCUUUAAAAUGGAACAAAUUAUGUUAUGCUGUUGGUGGCCAAUCGUCUUAUUCUGGUACUGUUUCAUAAACGGAAGAUAAACUUAGUCCAAUAUAAACUGGGAAGAUAACGAGAUUUCGGAGCGAUUUACCUUGAACAAGAAUUAACUCGAAUUAAUGCAUACGUCGCGGACCAUUUCAUCGCGAAUUCCCAGUAUAAACUUUGUUAUCUGCUUAAUUGAGCAAUCAAACUGCCUAAUAGAAAUUUUUUUCGAGAAAAUUGAACUCGACCAGUUAGGACUGUCUGUGUCUCAGUGACGACCUGAACAUUUAAAGGAUAAUGGUUUUUUCUUUAGCAAUGACAACUCGUUAUCCAAUGGACAAAAUUCAUCAAUGUUUCCUUCUUUUAAAACGCGUGAUUUACUUGUAACCAAAUAAGGUCGUCGAGUUUGUUCAGUGCGAUCUAUUCGUGUUCCGUGAGUUAAAAUGGGAAAUAGCGAAAUAUCUCCUUUUUGUUGCUAAACCUUACAGGUAUACAAGCCAUUUGUAGCGAUGGCUUUGUGGUUAGUCGUUACUGGGUUAUUUUGUGACUAAUACGAUCUUUAGGAGGCAGGCUGAAUGUUUUUAUUGCUGUUUUUUUUUUCAGUGGUAUCCCGAUAGAGCAAUACUACGAUCUCACGCUUUUAAAGAAAAGCAACUUGCGGAAAAAUGACGAACUGUAAGUAACACAGCAAGUGUAGUAAUACUCGACCAUUUUGGGGUAAUGUGGUGACUGUGGUCAAACCCGAAAAUAAAUAACUGAUGACUGUUGUUGAACUGGCGUGAUUUGCGGUCGUAUUUUUUCGCACAAUACGUUGUAGCAUAACAGAAACUGCGAACUGUUCGCCUUUUUUAUAAUGGUAAUCAAACAAUACUUUCCUAAAUGUUGAUGGGUUAUUGAAGAACGUAUCCCAUUUUGUUUGCAUACGAAACCACAACUUCAUCUUGGGGUUCAAACUCUAACAGGGUCUACAAACCUCUAACCACAGCAGUUUAAUAACAAGAAAGAUAAUAAUCGUACGACUCUGUUCCGUUUUGCGUUAGACAAAUGAAGGAUUUAAUAGUGAGUAAGAAAGCUAGAAUUAUGAACCAGCAAACAAAGGAAGCGCGUGAUGUUUUGUUUACACGCUAGCGGUUUCCAAAUUGCGAAUUUACAUGUCGUAAGUUCGUCGCUCACCGCAUCACUUAAGAUGAACUGCAUCUCAAAAUAUACCUACAAUAGGUGCUAAAUAGUUUACACUAAACUCGAUGAAGCCCACUUUGAAAAUAGUCCAAUUUGAGUAAAACUCGGGAUCGAAAACAGAAAAAAGGGCAAAAAUGCUUACACUGAAAUCAGUAAUAAAAUAUGUAAAACAUUUUUAUGGUGAAGGUUUAUUGUUUUCUCUUCCAAACAACACUUAUAGGAAUAACGCCCGUUGUCGAUGUUUUUUUUUCGGCAUUGACUCAGUGGAGCGCAUUUUAAUUCACUGACCAAGAAAAUUAUAUCCAAAAACCAUCACAGUUAUAAGUUAUCAAUACAGAUGGGCUUAAGUUCGACUUAUUUCCAUAAAUUAUAUACGAAGCAUUCUUAAACGUUUCCGUAAAAUUCACACCCUGGUUUCAAGCGAUGAAAGAUUCUUCGCUAAUGUCACGCAUUGGAUUCUUCAAAAAAUAUUUUCAACCAAUCACAAAUAUUACGCCCAAAUACGUAGAAAUUUGGGUGAACUUUCAAAUGCCAAAAAAUUGUGUUGCAAUCGUUUAAGUAGAAUAAUAAAUUACUUAAGCUCAAUUGUUAUAAAAGAUAUUGAACUUAGAACGGGAAGUCCAGAGCCUCAUAUUGUACGCUGCGGGCCAUUUUUCGUCUAUGUAAUUUAUUGACGCCUACAAAGAUCUUUCGUUCGUGAAACUUCCACAAAUACUAUUUCUGUAAUUUUAAAAUCUUUGUCGUGUUCGUUUCUUUGUGAAUUCAAAAUAUUGACUGCUAAAACGUGGCGCACAUUUUAUGGUAAUAAAUCACUUUGCUUGUUUUGGCUGUUACUGCUCUGUUGUUUUGUAAAAGUAACGUAUGGAAUGAACAAGGUGUUGCUCUGAUAACGCCUUCUUGGUCAUGCCUAGAGUAUCUAGAAUAUCAUCUAGCUAAAUGCUGUAAACGUCGACUUUGUAAAACAAUACACACAGCAUUUCUCAUGAGAAUCUACAUCGAUUCGUGUCUAACAAUAUUCAUAAUUCCAACACCAGCAACAGAAAUUUCCAUUCAUUAAACUGACAGUCAUAAAGUACUGACAAAAGAAAGUGGUGUAUUGUUCAAUUUAACUUACUACGAGGCCUAUUAACGUGAUAGAUAAGUUUCAUCCAUUUAGUCCGAUCGGACUUUUGGCUCCAAAGUAUUGAGCGUAGCUCUGUGCAAGCUUUUCAGCCGUAUCUUCGCUGUCGAUGGAGCUCUUGAAAGCGUCUGCAAAGUCCUCCGUGUAUCCGAAGUCCAGAGUGAUUACAACAACUUUAGGUUCGUAGCUUAGCUUUGGAAAGUGAUCUGUAGCGUGUGCUUCACCCUUCUUCGGUGACUUUGGUAGUGAUUCCUUAAAUUUUCUCUUCAAGUGCUGAUCUUCAUCUGGCCAGAGUGCCUUGUCUUGUAAUGCUAACUCCAACAGAGGCUUGUUUCCAGAGGUGUUAUGUUCCUUAAUCUGUUUCGUAAACUCGCCCUCAGCCUUGCCGAUGUAGAACUGAUAUUUCUUGUCUUCCGUUUGUGACUCGUCGAUUACAAGGUACGAGUACACGACCCCUUGGCAUUCGAGUGGAUUGCGAAGGUAGUCCUCCAAAGCUUCUUGUCGGGCUUGUUCAAACGCAGAUUUAUCCGUUUUUUUCUCGAUCUCUUGGUAAACGCGACUCCAGUAAACAUAGUUAGCGAAUGCGAUUUUCAUAGCGGCUUCUAACCUUCUCUGCUUGUCCCUCUGUCGCAGGUCGUCCGAGGCACUUUUGGUCAAUGUAAACUCCAUGUAACGUUUCUCGCCUUUUUCCUUGAAUGUUUUCAAGGCGAACACGGCUAUUUCUCCAGCGAUCAGAUCGCCGAGCGCGGUAGUUCUCUCCAAAUCGAUGAGUAGCAGGUUUUCUUUGCGAAAGGUUCCACGUUUUUCCCUGUUCUUCCCUCCUUGGAGGCGUUUCUCGAGCUGUUCCAGACGUUUCGCUACGGAGUACUCUUUGUUGUCGUCCAACAUUGCUGGAUCGACACGGAUAGAAAAUGUCUCCUUUUCAGGCAACUGUAGACCAUGCAGGUCGGUCGUUCUUGGCCUCAGAUACUCUUUAUCAUAAAGCUGCACAGCGUACAAAUCGUGACUGGAUUCUUCUGAGUUAGCCGCCAUGUUGAUUGACUGCCCUUGCGUUGAAUCUCUGCGUCUCGAGCUCGGCAAGACACUCCCUGAUUAUUACUUUAGCGCGACACGUAGAUUGACCCCUGGGGCAUUUUCUGGUUGGUCUUUUUAAGUCUGUCACCAUGGUAACAUAACGCCAAUUGAAUCACGAAUGAUUAAUGAUUGUAGUGCAAUCGCCAUUUGUGUUCCGUUUGUUGAAUGCGGCUUCUUUCUUUUCACGCUUUUUAAUACGUUUUUAAGGGAUAAAAAAUCUAUUGCCCUGCUUAUGUGGUGUAGGAACUGCAACAAAACAGCACUUAGUCAAAAUGUACGUGUGUAUGUUGGAGUUGUUUGAAUUGUAAUUUAUUUCAUCGUGAACAAUAGUCUGUAAGCUAAACCAAUAAUGUAAUGAACCAAUAAUGUAUUACAGCGUGGUGUAUUCAACAAAAUGCAAAUUUACAAUUUACCGCCUUUUUCUUCAGUAAUUCAUUCCAUGUGUUGGUAUAAAGCUAGCGUUUUAACUCACUUGGCCAGCAACUAUGCAAAUUUAUUGCGACAAAAAAAGGCGUUUAUAUAAAGAAAAUGCUAUUUCUGACGAAUGAACCCGCGAAGAAGGCAGAAAUAAAUAUUUUAACGGCACGAGAUACAACAGGGCCUGACUAGGCCGGGGCACCAUGGGUAGUCAUAUCAGGGGUAUAUAAGGCUGUGUAUAUCACGUGUACGUGAUCUAGGUAUCUGAACCAACCUCUCUUUGGCCGAGUUUUGUUAAUUUUUUGUUUUAUUUAAUUUUUAGGAGCAACCUAUUCUUGAUUACACUGUACAGUCCCGUAGAAAGGGCUUUGAGCUGGAGCCUUGGUUCCUACCCAAAUUUCCUGCCCGCAUUUUUUCCCUUCGGCGUUUUUUUGGGCAGGUUUUUUCUGGCCUCCGUCUGACCGCAUUUAUUUCAGUUUCUAAGCAGUAGCUUAGCUCUGCUAGUUUUAUCCCGUUUCUUAUUUUAUGUACUUGUACAGUUAUCACAGUUUUGCACCUGCUCCUUUACUUAAUAUAUUUAGUUUCUAUGUAUGCUUAGGUCAGCUGUCCCGGAACAGCUCUUUAGGCGGCCACAUAAGUCUAGUUUGACACAGUUAGAUUGCAGGCAAUGUUACAGACCUCUAGCCAGGGUCGUAAUCCAUUUGUUUACCCUAAAUGCCCUUCCCUAGCCUUACAGUUAUAUAAGGCAGCUGUUCUUCCGUAUUUAACCUACUGUCACCUUAUAUGGCAUUUUUGCCGUGCUAGUGAUUCUAGACGACUAGAGCGUAUCCAGGAAAGAGCACUUAGGGCUAUAUAUUGUGAUAAACAUUCGUCCUAUGGUCAAUUACUAUCUAUGGCUGGGCUAUCGACUCUACACAACCGGCGACUACAGGACAUAGCUAUUCUCAUGUAUAAAGUUAAAAACAACAUGUGCCCAACCUACAUUAGCACUCUCUUUGAACAGCCUGCAAUUAAGUAUGAACUGCGCAAUCAUGACUUCACUAUACCCAGAUUCAACACAGUCUCCUUUGGAAAGCACUCGCUCAGGUAUAUGGGCCCAAGGGUAUGGAGUUCUGUUCCUAGUAACGUGAAAAAAGCUUCCACGUUGUCCUCCUUCAAAUAUAACUUAAGAAAAGUGGAUCUUAGCAUGCUAUUAGCUGACAAUAACUGCUCUAACUGCUCUCUUUGCACUUCUUAAUCUUUUAUUUCUUAUUUUUUUAUAAGAUAAUGGAUACAUUUGUACAUAUUGUAUAUAAUUCUCUCGAAUUUCACACUUGCUUAUACUGUACAUAGUUUUUCUUAAUUUUAAUUAAUUUAUUAAUUGAUUUAUUUUUUAAAUUUAUUUUAGUGUCCCCACUUAGUGGUUAUACACCGCUAUUACAGUCUUGACACUUUAAUAAAGGUAUCAUCAUCAUCAUCAUCAUCAUCUGGCAGCCUUUCUAGCAACUGGGCUACAUACUUUGUUGGGUACAUUAAGAUAAUUCCCAGUUUUCCCGCUGUCAGCCUCUGUGCUUCUACAGAGUGUUCCCUGUCCCAGUUAUCCAUUGAUCAGAGUUUUAUUAGUUUCCCCAGCCUAAGCGUGCUUAAUUGGGGGGGGGGGGUGACUAGUUGUAGCAGUCCUUUCUUUUUGUGAAAGCUAGUUUACGAGUGUCGUACAUUAUUUAAUCACCUAUUGUUGUAUUUAUAUACGUGCUGUGCAGGGUUUGUUCUCGCCAAGCCGUCCCAAAUAAUAAACUUAUUUGCCUUUACAUUUGUUUGUUUGUUUGGAGUCCAAAUAAGAUCCAGUUCCCACAUAAUUGGUUUGGGACACCACUGGCCGCCAUUUUAUUGUUUUUGGGACACCAAUAUGACGGACAUAAUGUCAUGUGAAAACGGUCCAUAGAAGCAUUUUGGUGGUUGUUUGGGCGACAAAUCUCUUAUGAUUUUUUCUUUCUCAGAGGAAGAAGUUUUUGACGGAGCUGGUUUCGUAAUAGUCUUAAGAAAACCUUUUAAAUGGAUGUAAAAAACUGAAGCGAUUGCAAGGAAGUAACUUUUUGACGGCAGUACAGUAUUUAAAGAUCUGAUGAUGAUAGUGGUGAUGACGAUAGACGAUGAUGGUGAUGAUGACAAAGAUGAAGAUGAUGAUGAUGAUGAUGAUGAUGAUGAUGAUAAUGACUGUUAUCAAUAGAUUCUGACAUAUAUUACAAUAAACGGCUUUGGAGUACAAAAAUUUCUCCACCUGACCUGGUUAGCAAAGUUGUUUCUCCAAGCGACUCACAACUAACUUUUGCUUGUUAAUUUGCAGGCUACCCAGUCCAGAGAAGUCAGAAAUGGGGUAAGCCUGUUGAUAACGUUUCAUACUAAGCCCCUCUUUGUUCGAGUCCUCCAAACCAGAGUUCCUGUGGUCCCUGUAAAAAGUAUUGUCGUGAGGAACGAAUGAGCAAAUAUUGGGCCAACAGAGGAGGAACUGGGGAGGAGGUGACUCCAGCCUCGUCCCCAGGGCGCUGGAUGACUCUCUCCCGUUUUCCUCUCGUCUCAGUUCCCCCUCUCCCCGUCUCUGGCACUUAGCCUGUUUGUAAAGCCUGAGGGGUUGCGCGCAGUUUAUGUCAUAACGCCUUAGAUUUGAAAUCACUUGCAUCGUACGAACCAACGAACCAUGCUUCAGUCAGACCAUAAUGCUUUAGUUCUUUGGAAGGCUUCCCCACGUAUCGUAUAGGUUUUGUAGCACACUUUGGUACGGGCGACAGUGGCGCUGUCACAGUGGUAUGAGCAUCCCCAUUCCGAAAACCCUGGUGAUAAGGGCAUCCCCUGUAACCCUAACCCUAAUCGCUAAGGUAAUAUGAGAAGGGAUACCCGUAUCACUAGGGUUUGGGGAAUGGGGACGCCCAAAACGCGGGGAUGCCCAUAUCACUGUAACAACGGAAGUGAAUAAGUAGGAGCGAGGACUGGAACCCACUGAGAACUGGAAUUAAGUUCACCAAACCCUCUCGGCUUUACCGCGCCGGCGUGGCACGAGUUUGAAUGUGUGUGAACAACUUGUUCCAGUCCCGGGUCGUUGCUGUUUAUACUACAGCGAAUAGCUUUUCGCGUCGACGCGAAAAGCUAUUCGAUAAACUGUUCAGGAAUGAACGAGGAUUGAUUACAGUCGCUGAUUGUCGCUUCUUAACUAUUUGCCAUUAGAAAAAUCCAAAUCCCCCUGGGAUUUCCGGCAGAGCAUCCAUAUUCCUCCCACAUGCCCAAGUUUCAAGUGUUUCCAUCGCUGGAUUCACCAGAUGACCACAGGAAAGGAAAGCACGCUCUUAGGCUUCACCCUACAUUACCCCCGACAGCUCCGGCCUCUGCACCAGAUCCAAGCGUACUUGAAAAGACCAAGGGCCAUUUUGAUCGAAGGGAGCUGAUAAACGUUGUGAGGGAAUCUGAGAAGAAGCCUUUGAUUUGGCCGGAACAUAAUCUUCUACAGGUAAGGAAAGAGUGAAAAGACUGUAGCACAGAACGGUAUAGGUUAAGUUGCCUUCACACGCAACUCGUGUGAGAAAGGUACAGUCGACACUGCAAGUCAACAUCUCAUCAAAUUUCGCUGUUUCGGUUUUUAACGAAUAGCUUCAACUCAUUUAGCAUUAUCAAUCUUCAUUUCAUAACAAGGAAUACCAGGGGAAAAACUCUCCAAUUCCACCCCUUCCAAGGAAUUUAUAAUUAGACUUCGAACAGACCUCUUUAUAUUUUGAAUAGGAUUCUCCGAGAGACUGUUGAAACGUGACUAACUUGUUCGUCCUGUUCUUUCAAAACAAGCUGGUAAAAGGCCCGGAACUUCAGAGGCAAAAUUACUACCCUACCCCUCCCACCUCAGUACUACCUAACACCCCGGAAAGAAGCAGGCAGAUGGCAGUGUCCCCUCGGACAGCGAAUGCAUUGUUCAAUGUACAGAGAGGGUAUUGGCAGACACAUUACCAACAACAGUUUACAGGGAAUGGACCUCAAAAUAUUCUAAAACUGGACAACUUUGAUUCGAUCUGCAGCGGGAGGCCAGAUGUAUUGGUAAGUGAUUUACAAGAAAUGUGAAGUUGGUGUUUAAAAAUAUUAUGGCGUCCACAUGGAAGAGGCAACGAAAUAAACACCGACAAAAGGCCUUUGUUGCACUCUGAUCUAAGGAUUUGUUUAACAAUUUGUUUGGAAAAAAUUUCCACCUCUUUUUGUAAGAAGACAAAGAAGAAUGAGAUGUCUUUGUUGCUGCUAAUCAAGCUUUGUUUUCAUUGUAUUCAAAGGAAUGUAAAGCAUUUUUUUUCCAUCAUCAAACACUAAUUCAGCGCUGUAUAAUUUUAAGAAAUUCUUCAUGUCUUUUUGAAAGCUCUUUAGUUUAGCUUCUUGACUUUGUUGCACGAGUAAACUCUAUUUCAGACGUUAAGUGCUGUCGUAGAUUUUGGGGCUUAGUAAUCUUACGUAACUGAUAAAGCUGAGAAAGAAACCAUGAAAUAUACUCGUCACUAUAAUUUUUCCUUACAUCUGCUAUCCCAUUUUUUUUGGCAUUCUUUCAAACAGAAAGAGCACUUCAAGAAUCAAUUGGACUCGCCGAAUCCGCUAGAAGGACGGCGAGCUCAAGUGAAAAAGAAAGCAGCAAAAAGGAAAAAGAAAGUGAUUGUGGGCCAUGGUACUGAGCUGUGGAUCACGGACAGUGAAGGUGAAGACGAAGAAACAGCGGAGAAGUCUGAUCAGGUUAACAAGACCCACGGGAGCUGCUUUGCAAGUAGAGAAAUCCUGGAUUUAACUGCGGGUCCUAGAUACAGUGAUGGAUAUCUACAGCAUAACCUUGUUAAUCCAAAUGGAGAAUAUUCAGAUGUACAUGCAUUCGCUCUGGCUCAUCCUCAUCUCUACUAUUCCUCCAUUACCAAUCAAAUGAAUUCAAAGCAUUUUAGCGAAGCGAGACCUUUUACUGCCCCAGAAGUAUCUAAGCGACCAACCUCCCCUGUUGUGAACAAUAUGCCGAGCCAAACGUCCGACCAGGCGAAGACAGGGUCGACCAACAGCGACCUGUACCCGAAGUGGUUUCGAUCAGCUAAGCUCGGAGAGACGAGGCCGAGUACCGCGCUCUUGGAUUUGCAGACCAGUUGGAGUAAAACUGAAGCUCGUCGAAGAUUUCACGAGCAGUUUCCGGAAAACGCACCAGACAUCCGUCGAAAGCCGGAUUUGAGAAUUACUACAAAUGAAAGGAGACAUACCAUACUGGAAACAGGCGUUCAUGUGUACUAUUUCCAUCGCUAAUGGAAGUUAAUCAGUUACAACUGAGCUGUUGUGGAACCCCUUAUGAAGAUGAACAUUUCUCGGUUUGACCUCGACUUUUGAAAGAUUCCUAAAAAAGUGGAAGUAAGACUGAUCAUCUGUGUGAUUUUCUUGCAGUGCGCUGUAAUCAACCUUUUUGGAGGUUUUCAGUUCCCGUCUGUUUUGGAAUGAAAAAUGAUUGAAAAAUUAACAGGUUUUGCUGUAAAGUUACAGUCAAACCUCCCGUAAGCGACCACCCCAAAUGCGUAGAUUUCGUGGUCCAUUACGAGAUUGGAACCAUAGGUGGACUCUUCCGAGAAAAGUUCCCGACACAUCUACUUGCAACUGGAAGUCAUAAUAUAUGUGGUUCCAUGUUUUCACUGAAAGUUCUUCGCAUACUAUAAGAGGCGUAGUAGAUACAGCGAACAAACAGACCAUGAGUCAAGUGGUCGCUUACUAGAGCUUAUAAACAAUAGAAACUAUAAACUAAAAAGUGGCCGCGCUUACGAGAUAUUCCAAGUGUAAGGUUUUGACUGGGAAAGUUUUGUUUUUUUGCAAAAUUGGUCGCUUAUAGGAGGUGUUCGUUUAUGAGGGGUG